UUUAGCGACCCUCGUCCUGCGGUCCGUUUAAUUGAAGAGCAACAGUGGGAUUAAACAUUCCUGCUCGCAGUUUGCCUGUUUGUGUGUGUCUCUGUGUGUGUGUGUGUGUGUGUAUGAGAGAGAGGCAGACUGGGUUACAUUGAGAGAGGAACGGUUGUGGUAAGAAAGGAGGCUAUAAAUAGCUCAUGCAAUUCUCGAAAACUAUCACAAGUGGUGCAUCAGCUUGUGGAGCAGACGGAAUCAGAUAUCCUGCAUGUAACGCCUCGCCUCUAAGUUAAUUGUUUCGCAGAGAAGAGAAAGUGAUAUUUGAAGAAAAAGAAGUUUUGAGGCUGAUUUCUCCAAUUUUUUUUUUUUGUGUUUGUUUUUUUUUGCUGGGGUGAGGUGAGGAUGGGUUUGGGAUGGGGGGGCGCGCGGAUGAAAGCAGUCGUUUUCCAAUGGAUUAUGCUCAUUUAAUGAUGAAACUAUCAGCGGAAUGACUGAUAUGGAAACAGGCUGAUCUUCCCCUGCGUGUGGAUUGAAAUGGAUACAUUCGUGUGCCUUUGACAGUGAUCAGAUUUUGGGAAUCGCCUGACCUGGAUUGUAACAAUGUUUUGAUCCCCGCUUGGAUUUACAACAUUACAGCUUUUUGCGUUUGGCUUUUAUGGAUGCAUUCUGCACUUCUUUCUGAAUACGCCCAUUCAUCUGCCCGACUGUCUAUUAUCUGGACCUCUUGUGAGGUUUAUAAGCCUGCUUGUUUUUGGCCGUGUCGUGGCAGGCUUGAGGGAAACCGAUUUGUCAGCCCUGCUCGGUGUUUUGAUGCCGAUGUAGGAUUUCGACAUGCCCAGCGCUGACGACCCCAACGGCGGACGAUUAUGACUACAACAACGAAUUGGGUGGCUAACGGGGCAAGCCUUGAGGACUGCCACUCCAACAUCUUCUCUCUGGCGGAGUUGACAGGCAUCAAGUGGCGAUGCUACAGCUUCCGCGGUGGCGGGGAGUACGGGCCGGUGAUCUCAGCCCCGGCCCAGGACGACCCGGUUCUCCGCAGCUUCAUGCGCUGCGUGCAGGCCAACCUGCUGUGUGUAUGGAGACGCAAAAUCAAGCCCGAUGCCAAGGAGCUCUGGAUCUUCUGGUGGGGAGAAGAGCCCAACCUCUCUGAUGUUAUUCAUCGGGAGCUGGAAGUGGCUGAGGAGGGGCUUUGGGAGUGUGGGCUGUCCUACGAGUGCCGAACUCUCCUGUUCAAGGCUGUACACAACCUGUUGGAAAGAUGUUUGAUGGAUAAAGGCUUUGUGAGGACUGGAAAGUGGUUCUUCAAGCCAUAUGAACUGGAAGAAAAGUCUUUGGGCAACAGUGAACACCUAUCAUGCUCCUUCUCCUUCUUCCUCCAUGGGGAGAGCAACGUGUGCACGAGUGUGGAGAUCGCCCAGCACCAGCCUGCGUACCACAUCACAGAACAUCACAUCCGCCUCGCUCAGACCUCCAUCACGCCAGUACAAGUGAUCCUGAGCCCGUACGGCCUGAGCGGCACUCUAACGGGUCAGGCCUACAAGAUGAGUGACCCGGCAACACGGAAGCUGAUGGAGGAGUGGAGUUACUUCUACCCCAUGGUACUUCAGCAGAAAGAGGGAAGUGGAGAGAAGGAAAAAGAAGAAGCGAGCCAGGCCUAUGAUCGCAACUGUCACGUGGCGGUGGAGGUCAUCGUAGGUGGAGUAAGGAUGACCUAUCCAGCUGCUCUUGUGCUGAUUGCCCAGGGGGACCUGCCAGUGGAGCAACCUCCACCUCUUCCUGCAGCUCUGGGCCUCACCAGAGAGCAGAACCACUGCAGUGUGCCCCUCACACCGCCAACGUCUCCAGAGCAGCCCUGCUCAGCGGACAGUGGCUUCGUGACUUCCGUCUCCAGUGUCCCAACACCAGACAGCAGCAUGGGGGUCACCAGCAUCAGCCCAAAGCAUUCUGUGAAGAAACUGUCUUGCCAUGUGGUCCAUCAGGCCUGGAGGGAAUGCUAUCUCAACCAUCCUCAGCAUGUACGAAAUCAGCGGACUGACGUGAUGCCGAAGACGGAAGUGCCAAAUGGAGUAACCACAUGGGACUUCAACGAUCUGGGAGCGAGAGCACCCUGCAGCUGCUCCAGGUUGAAGCAGCAGAAGUUGAAUAUGACUACAACAUCCACUGCCAACCCCCAGACUAGUGCCAAUACCACUCAGUCCUCUGGCCCGUCAUUAUACCCUCCCUCCCUGCCCAAACACAAGACCAGUGACAAGACAGAGAAGGCCGAUAAACAGUCCAAGAGGCCAGCUAUGAUCUCGUUCCACCACCGUGUGUCUGUCACGCAGGAGGCCACUCUGGAACAGGACUCACCAGGAGGGCCCCAGCUUGGUGAUCUUGUGGCGCUGGAGCCACCCUUGGAGCCUUUAGCUACUCUGACAAACUGCAAGUAUCCUAAGCCUCUCUCCAAUGGCAGGAAAGCUUCAGAAUCCCUCCUCCUUUCACCAAUGUCGCCACUUCCUCCUACACUCAGCCCUCAUCCCCGGGUGCAGGACCCAGAGGUCCUGGACGGGCCUGUGGAUAUGCACGUCUGUCCAGACGGGGUGUCAGGGCUGGGGAUGAUCACCAGUGAGACAGCUGCGUAUUCAGCUCUGCUGAAGCUGAGGGAGAAUGGGGCUGGCUGGUGGAGAGGUUUCAGGACUCCCAGGUCUGAUAAGACUGACUGCAGAUCCACAGAACUCCCCACUGAUUUAUUAGAGGAAGUGAAGACAGACACAGCCGCUGAGGGAAUUCCGCUAAAGAGACUAUACACACAGACCCACAAGAGAUUUAAAAUCUCAGAGGAGAGGGUGAGGGACCACGUCCAAACUUUGGGUUUGUUCCAGCAGCCAGUUGUGGAGGUGCUACGGGAGCCCGGGGAUGAUCCCUACGACUUUAAGGAAGGAGACAUUGAAUACACUUUCUCCACUUCCAAGAGAUUAAAGAGUCAAGGGCGAGAACCCAGCAAGAAGGCCAAGGGGGAAGAAAUCACCAGUAAUGGUGCACUGCCUGAUGGCAAAGACGCUAUGUCUAUUUUCAACUCUGCUCCAAAAUCAGAUGAAUCGAGUCAGGAUGACGCAGCUGCCAAAGCCAAUCCUUCUCUGACCAGAGAAAAAGACCUGGUAGUCAACAUCUCUGAUCUGGACAACAUAUUUGAUGAAGAUGAGGAGGAACUAGGGCACUCAACCAAGCUGCCAGUGUCUGCAGAAGAUCGCCCUCUGGGGAAGGAAGGGAGAGUUGCAGUACCUUAUCCAUCAACAGUAGCAGACCUCCAGCGGAUGUUCCCCACCCCACCUUCUCUAGAGCAGCAUCCAGCCUUCUCUCCCAUCAUGACGUAUCGUGACACCCCGAGCCAGGAGCCCCCUGUACCAAGUGGAGCAGCUGACCACCUUCCCCCUUUAGCUUCCGCCCAGCAUACUGAAUACAGGAUGGAGAUGGACGAGGGCAUGAUCAGUCCCAGGCAGGAGGAUUUCAAGCCACAGAUAGGCUCCUCCAUGUUUGCUCCACUUACCUGCCUACCUAGCCAGAGUCUGCCGCCACUCAAAAUUCCUGAGCAAUGCUACUACCGUCCAUCCUGGUCUCUCAUGCCCAAAAUGGAGCAUUUCUCCACGGUCAUGCAUCCUCAGAACACCGCUUUCAUCAGGGACGGAUACACAAACGUCCCCAGUGUCAACACCCUCACAGACCAAGAGUACGGCCAGAUGAGCGCCACCACUGCCUCUGUGAGCACCACUGUUGGCAUCCUCCCUUCUCCUGCCACUCCUCGUUUCUCUGUGCCAACUCCACGCACUCCACGUACACCGAGGGGAUUUAACACUGCAAGCUCUGGGCAAGGUUCAGUGAAGCAGGAUGGUACUGAGCUUAGCUCCCCGGUCUCCACCCCCUCCACCAGCCUGCCUCUUAGCUCAGUAGACCCCCUAGCUCGGCCAGGACCCUCCCUGCCUGAGGCCCACAGCCUGUACUCUAUCCUCCUGCUCUCAGACUCCGUCCUCAAUGUUUUCAAGGAUCGCAACUUUGACAGCUGCUGUAUCUGUGCCUGCAAUAUGAAUGUCAAAGGAGCAGAUGUGGGGGUGUAUAUUCCUGAUUCCACCUGUGAGGAUCAGUACCGCUGUAUGUGUGGCUUUAGUGCCAUUGUGAACAGGCGGUUAGCCCAUGGUACAGGCCUCUUCCUUGAAGAUGAGCUGGAUAUUUAUGGUCGGUCAUCUGAGGUAGGCCGGGCAGCUGAGAGGAGGCUGGCUCUUUGCCGGCGGGACCCGACUAUGGGAGAUCCAAGAGCCAAGCGGCCCCAGGAUGCAGCUCCUGCUUCUCCCUCAAUCAUGGUCCUACUGCAGGAACAGUGCUCCCAACCUAUUUCUUCCCUGGCAUCACUGCAUCUCCCUAUAAGCUGUUCCUGCCAUGGCCGCAAGGGGGCACUGCUCCAAAGCUGGAUGUCUGAAAAGCAGUGGGCAGAUGGGAGCGAUGCCUGUGUGGAGUGUUAUAAUGCUCUGGAACAGGGACUGCAGUAUGUAGAUAAUUCCACGGGAGGGAAAGUGGAUCCAGCUGUUGUCAGAAGUACAGCUCUUCACUCUUGGCCUCAUACUAAUGUGGUGGACAUGAGCAUGUUGUCGUCCCAAGAUAUGGUCCGUAUGCUGCUUUCGCUGCAGCCUUUCCUGCAGGACGCCAUCCAGAAGAAGAGAACAGGGCGGACCUGGGAAAACAUCCAGCAUGUUCAGGGUCCACUCACUUGGCAGCAGUUCCAUAAGAUGGCUGGAAGGGGCUCUUACGGUUCGGAGGAGUCACCGGAGCCCUUGCCCAUCCCUACAGUGUUACUCGGCUAUGACCGGGAGCGCGACUUCUUAGCGUUGUCCCCAUUGGCAUUGCCCUUCUGGGAGAAGUUGCUGCUGGAGCCUUAUGGUGGGCAGCGGGAUGUGGCAUAUGUGGUGCUGUGUCCCAAUAGUCCCUCUCUGCUGGCUGCAGCUCGGGCCUUCUUUCAGGAGCUCAGUGCUGUCUAUGAGACAUGCCGCCUCGGGAAGCAUCGUCCUCUGGCCAAGGUGUCCAGGGAUGGCAUUGUGCGUGUGGGGGAGGAAGUGGAGCCAGAAAAGCUGGAGGAGCUGGGCGUGGACCAGUGGCUGACUGGACCCUGGGCUGGACAGCAACACACCGACAACCUCAGCAAACUUAAACUUUACGCUUAUGCCUGCAAGCAGCAGCUAGGUCCCCAGCUAUCAGGCCUUCUUUUGGACAGCAGUCUCCUGUUGCCUCCCAAAGUUCAGCCUCCCAUAAACCCCACAUCCUCAACCCAGCCUGCCCCUGCUGGCCAGCCUCAAGGUUGGACCGCUGAUGCAGAACAAGCUGCGGGGACUCUCAGUUCAGCAAAUACUUCGACUCCGGCUGGAGCAGUCUCAGGCCUGAUGGGGGAGACGACCCAUGGAGGAACCAGCGAGUCUAAAGGGCCUUCUAGUACCACACUGCCAGCCAACACACCAGCAGAACCCCCUGAACUCACUGCGGAGCAAGCCAGAAUUGGCAUCCCCACUGAGGCUGACUCGAUGGAGAGUCACACCAACCCACCAGCUAUAGUUAUUUACAUAGUGGAUGCUUUUCUCAGCUCAAAUGGAUCAAGAAAUGAAGGGGGAGAAGAAGAGGAGGGUGAUGAUGUAGAGGCAGGAAGCAUUUGGCUACUGGGGCUUCUUCGCUCCUACACAGAGAUGCUGCAGACUUUGCCUGAGACGAUGAGACCAGCACUGAUGCUACAGGUGGUACCAUGCCAGUAUCUUCUCCAGCCUGCUAGUGGGGAGAGCCAUUUGUACCUGCAACACCUGCGCUCCCUGGCUUUCUCCUGUUACUCCCAAUGCAGACGUCUGAUGCCCCAGCAAACACAUAUCAAGUCCCUGACUGGCUUUGGGCCGGUGUCCACUGUCAAUUCUGUGCUUAAGAGUCCAGAGCAUCCCAGCCCAGUGCAGAUGUACUGUCCCCCAUUCGUCCUUGGUCCAACCCGUGCCAAGCAGCCAGAACAAGGAGAGAUAUGGGCAGAAAUUCCUCCCAAAUACAAUGUGCUGUUUGUUGGAUACUGUCUAUCACAUGACCAGCGCUGGAUCCUGGUGUCCUGUACCGACCAACAAGGAGAGCUCCUGGAGACCUGUAUUAUCAACAUUGAUGUACCUAACAGAGCGCGGCGUCCAAAAGUAUCAGCCAGGAAGAUGGGGCUACAGAAGCUGUGGGAGUGGUGUAUUGGUAUCAUCCAGAUGACAUCACUGCCAUGGAGGAUUGUGAUUGGUCGACUUGGCAGACUGGGGCAUGGGGAACUUAAGGACUGGAGCUCUCUCCUUGGGGAGCACUCUCUCCAUUCAAUAGGGCGCCAGCUGAGGGAGGCCUGUCGAAUGUGUGGGAUCUCAGCUGCUGACUCCCCCACUAUUCUCAGCGCCUGCCUGGUAGCCAUGGAGCCGCAGGGCUCCUUAGUGAUCAUGCCUGAUGCAGUGACCAUGGGCUCAGUGUUUGGCCGCAGUACUGCUUUGAACUUGCAGACCUCGCAGCUGAACACACCUCAGGAUGCUUCCUGUACACACAUCCUAGUCUUCCCAACCUCUGCCACCACCCAGCUGGCCCCAAGCUCCUACCCUACUGAGGACAAUAAUGAUGACAUGUUUGAUCUGCCCUUUCCUGAUGAACUGGAAAAUGACAUUGGCCAUGACAUGAUGCUGAUCACAGGGAACCUCCACCCUUCCCCGAACACCUCUCCUGUGCCCUCGCCUGGCUCUCCGUCCGGGAUGGGAAUAGGAUCACAUUUCCAGCACACCAGGAGCCAGGGAGAGCGCUUGCUGUCCAGGGACAAUCCACCAGAGGAGCUAAAGCAGCAGCCGCUGGCUCUGGGCUACUACGUCUCCACCGCACAAGCGAACGGACUUCCUCACUGGUUCUGGGCUUCCUGCCCACAGGCUGAGAGCCAGUGUCCACUUUUCCUCAAGGCCUCGCUCCACCACCACAUCUCCAUAGCCCAGUCAGAUGAGCUGGUGUCAGACAAGACUAAGAGGACCCCUCACCCCUUAGAUUCAAAGACCACCUCUGAUGUGCUCAGGUUUGUAUUGGAGCAGUACAACGCCCUCUCCUGGCUGACGUGUACACCUGCCACCCAAGACCGCCAGUCCUGCCUGCCCGUCCACUUGGCUGUAUUGAUCCAGAUGUACAACGCCAUCCUGAACAUGCUUUAGCUUUUGUGGACUCUAGAGGACUGACGUUAUACCUUCAUUUCCUCUGUGCCUACGCUUCCUCCUUCUGGGCACCAGAGAGCACCAGAGCUCUUCUUCUUCUCUUGUUUUGGAUAGACUUUAAAUCAAUAGACCGAUUGAUUUAAUGGCCAAAUAAAGGACAGGGCAAAUCAGACUCUCCCAUGCCUGGAAUGUAAUGAACAAGAAGAGUGAAUGAAAACUUUGGUUAACCACGAGCCCAUGCAAACCCAGUACAGAACUGGUGCUGUGCCAGUUAUGGUGCUUUCUGAUGGAGAAAAACAGAUGGAUCUAUCCAACUAUGCCCAUUUUACUGACAUAUCACAAUAUUAAAUAGUAUUACGUACCACAUGGGUGGCAUCUAUGGGGCAAUUGAAGCAUCUGUGGAGGACAUCUGUGGAGAAGCAGAAAGGGACAUCCAUGCAGAGCCACAUGACUCCAUAUUAUACAACCAGCAGAAUGGCAUGCCACCACAAACACAUGGCAUUAUAACAUUUGUGGUGUUUUUACAUUUUUGUAUAGAACUGCACUGUUGAGCUUCUUGGGACUUCGUGGUUGGUUAAUGAAACUUGUACCUUUACUCUUGAAUGGGGGCAAACGUUCCUCAUCUACUCCAAAGGGGGGGGGGGGGGGGGGGGGGGGGGGAGCAUUUGAUAAUGGCACUUUUUUUCCUCAUCUUCCAAAGUGUUGUGGAUAUGAACACAAUGGAAAAAUAUUUGACCAGUUAAGACAGACGUGUUGUUUAUAAUGUAAAACAUACAUUUGCAAAGAAUUGAGACUUAUUUUUAAUAUUUAAAACAAGAAAAAUGAGAAACUUAAACAAGGCCUUUUUUUCCCCCAAUCGACUGUUAAUAGUCUCGGGAUCUGAAAUAAAAUUUGUCAUUUUAAUGCAAUUGUAAAGAUGCCAUAUUUAUACAAAUUAUAUCAUGUCAUAGAAUUUGAUAUAUAUAUGUAUAUACAUAAAUAUAUAUUACCUCUUCCAUGCAGGCACUUAAUGAUAAGGGUGAUGGACACAACCAUCUCUUUAAAAAGUGGACACAGUAUGAACAUUUAUCAAAGAAAAUGCUUUUUUUUUUUUUGUUCUUUUGUUAUUUUCUACAGAUACUGAACAUUUUGCCUUUUUUUAUUUAAUGAGUUUAAAUUAAACUAAUUGAUGCAGGAGAUACAGUAUACUGUAUAUUUAUAAAAAAAAUGUUCCUCUUCUGUUAAAAACUUGAAAUAGGCAAUAGAAGAUCAUGGUAUUUGAACAUUGCAAGGUUAUUAAAUAUUUAAGAAUGAUGCUUUAUUUCAUUGGCUCUCCUAAAUGAUGUCAAGCAAACCAUUAGAAAAAGACCCGUCGCUUCACUCAGUCUGCUAUCUGUUAGAUUCCUAGCAUGCUUGUAUAUAUACACUUUUCAGCUGUGUUUUUUGGAAUUUCUUAAAAGCUGUACAUUUCAUGCUGGUUGGUUUACUUUCAAGUGAUUCAUAUCAAAGUAUUUUUUUGCUGUGAGCUUUUUUGAUAUACAGUAUACAGUGCAAAACUCAUUUAAUUACAGCCAAGAGGUUAAAAUUGCCAAGUAAAGUGUACACAAAUGUACAGACCAAGGCAAGUUUGCAAAAAUUUGUUACAUCUGUUCAUCACUUUGAAUAUCAAACAGAUCCACAUUAGUGGGAGAUAUCUGUUACUUUUACACUAUUUUUUAGUAAAUUAUUAAAACUCUUGAAAAUGA